GCCAAAACAACUGCCUCCGCCAAUGUCUUCCGUAUCUACAGAGAGAAUCCUGAAUUCGUUCCCCAUGUUCGGUAACACAGGGUGGAGUGCUCUUCAAUACGCCGGGACAUUCUACGACAUCCGUAACCGCACAAGUACGACGUCAGACUCGUUCGAGAGCACAUCAACAUUCUCGAUGUACGACGAAAAUACCCCACCGACCACUGCAGACACGCAACCGGCUGCUUUCGACCUCUCACCGCCAAUAGUUUCCAAAUAUGAUGUUAAGACCCAGAAGAGGGGGAAAGGGACUUUUCUCAACCACACUCCAAGGAGUUACGAAAUGAAAACGCCCAGGACAAUGGAUGCAUAUGGAUCGCUAGGGCAUUCCCGUGAAAAAUACUCCUGUCAUAGGAUGUUUGGUUGCGCCGUGUCGGUUAAUGAGAGUACUAUAUUUGCAAGUUCAUGCGGGUACAGUUCUUCAGCAGAGUCGUGCCAGGGAGACUACAAGAUUUCUAUUCUUCCUGCGACUCCGGUGGAGCUUGAUUCGAAAGAGAUAGCGUCUCCGUCGUCAAGAGAGGGUCAUCUAUUAUCAGUAAAGCCGAUUCAACGUUCGAGUUCUCUUCCCGUGGCUAGAGCUCUAAAGUACGAGCCAUGCGUAGCCUUGCCUUCUGGGUAUACACGAUAUGAAGUCGGUGGUUGGAGUACGAAGCCGCAAACCAACCAUUCUCCGGAUAGAAAGUACUCAGGUCGCAGAGUAUCGUUCAAAGUUACUGCGCCGGAUUCGAGGAGUACUUCACGACAUGCAUCACUGGAGUCUCUGAGCACCAAAAACAGACGGAAGGCUAGCCGUGAAGUCCUUGGUGAAGUGCCACAGAGAGAGACUAAACAUGUUGGGAAUGUGGCUGUUUUUGGGGUGACGCAGGAGUAUUUGGAUAGCCAGGUGGGCGAACCGUUUUCAACCUCGGAGACAUUCCAUGCAUACUCGUCUGAUUCGCGAGAGAUGCUUGUUCCUGAAUUGCCUAAGCGAUCAAUUUCUGCACCGGUCAAGAAACAAUACGCGAGAUAUGCUGCUGAAGAGUCGGAUAUGCGCGAGGCAUUACCAGCACUGCUCUGUCGAGGUCCAAAGAGCGUCACACCUUCAGGCUUCCCGUUCCAUAUUGCUUCUUCUUUGCCAGUAGUUGGUGAAAACGGCAGUCUAGACCAAGGACAAGAUGCGCUAUCUAGGAACGUGCACAUUUGGAAUGAUGUAAAUAAAGCACGGGGCCCGAAGUACCUUGAUGUAGGAAAAUCAGGCCAGAAAGACCAUCCUCCUGUAGGCCGACUGGCGCCACCGAUCCUUAGCCAUGAGGCACUCACCGCGAAUGCCAAUCUUGGCUUGAACGAUCUCAGCUAUUACCUCAAACAUACCGGGCCAUCGCCUACGGAGUCUAAGCACCCUAAACUCCGCCAACGAAAAAGGAGUAUGAAAUUCUUUAGAGCGAAGGAGCGGAAAAAACAGGCGCCAGCACAUCGAGGUCCUUCUCCUCAGAGACUAGCCGAACAGACACCUAUUAACCCCGCUUGGGUGCGCGAGAUGAAAACGUCGGGGGGCGUGAGGCAUCUGCGGAUAGUGAUACCAAUGACGGAAAAUGAAUGCGAUAUGACAGUCGAACCCGUUCCAGCGCUACCAAUCCAGGGUCAACAGCACACACGCCAUGUCUCGUCCAACGGCUUCGAGGAAGAUACGCUGUGUCCGCCUGAGAACUCUGCUGUACACCAUAUCCUGUAUGGAUCAUCCGAAGCAGCAAUGCGCUCCUUCUCUGAGCCGCACAUGACUUAUCAAGAACAAGCGCGACCCCGUAAACUGCGAGAUUCACAGCACGAAAAACAUAGACUAGCGCCUGAUAGCUAUUACAGCGGGAAUAUCAAAGGGAAAUACCGUGGCAGUUUUGCUGAAGUGCCCGCAUAUACUACGGAUGCGUUUCACGAUGCUAUAAUGCAUGCGUAUGACGAUGAGGGAUUCGAGGAGGAGGAUUCAAUGCGUAGAACGGAAAGACUGGAGGAACGGGUUAUGCUGCUACAGAGACAGAACAUGCGGCUUAUGGAGGCGCUGGCGAGGAUUGUGGGAGUGGUGCUGGAACAUGAUGACUUGGAUUGCGAGAUGAUGAUGAGGGCGUCGUUGCGGGCAUAGAUGCCCCGCGAGUUAUGAUAUGGCUAGAAGUGAAGUCGGGGAUGCGAGAAUGUAGGAACAAUCUAACGCGAUAUCUUGAAUACGGAUCAUGUUUCGUAUCAUGAAGGCAAAGACUCGUAUCGGG